AUGUUUCCAGGGAUCAUCUCUUUACAGGGAAAUGACGCACCACAAAAAAUUGCGUUAAAAAUAAGGAAGAGAGGGUUUGUGUCACAGAAUGUGUACAUUUUCCGCAAGAUGACCGACCAACAAGGGAUAGAAGUCAAUUUAGAUAAGGCAAUCGACGUCACAAGACAAAUGAAGGAGACGGCAAACAUGACCGAUUUAUUUGAUGAUAGAAAACACAAAAUUGAGGAGGAAAAUCAAGACGGAACACAACCAAUUUACUACGAAUUUAUCGAGGAAACAACAAACCUAAGAGACUUGUCGGAGUAUAAAAUGGUGAUAAUGGAAGAUAAAGAUUUACUCAAUCAAAGUUCAGACUCAUUCGACUCAGAAGACUCAAACGCGGAAAAUAACCCAAAUAAUUCAUAUCCAGACACCCCAACUUCCGACUCUAUCAGUAAUGACAGUUACUCUGGAGACUACUAUGGAGAUUAUUAUAAUGACGAUAAAGAAAAUGAUGAUGCGAGCAAUGAGAGUGACAGCGAGGAAAGGGAUACAUACGAUCAACAACCCGGAAGUAAGAUGGAGGAAAUCAUUGGACCUUCACAUGCAGAAGAAUUUAAUGCUCAAGACACAUCACCAAAAAUGGAGGAGGACUCGGAUUCAGAAAUUACGUUCAAUAAAAAGGAAUGA